AUGGCUGACACCUGCGAAAUUCCGGCAGAAAUCAACGCUCUGGUCGGCCCGCCCCUCAUCGGUGGCUUCCUCGGGUGGGGACUCUUUGGUAUCUCACUCGUACAAACAUAUCUCUAUUUUGUCACCUUUCCUCGCGAUGGUCGUAUCGUCAAGACUUAUGUCUCCGGCAUGUUCCUACUCGAGCUGUUCCAUACGAUGGUCAUCACAGUCGGUGUAUGGGACCUCGCAGUCUCUGGUUGGGGACGGCCUACACAUCUAGUCUUUGGUGGAUGGACAUUUUCCGCCGUCCCAAUCACUUCUGGAAUCACUGCAACAUUCGCUCAAGCGUUCUUUGCAUGGAGGAUCCUCGUACUCAGCCAGGCUCAAAAACGAUGGAUCGCCCUCGUUGUUUUCAUUGCCGCGCUUUCUAUCACACAGAUGCUCGGCGGAAUUAUUGCCGGCGCGGUCCUCGCACGACUGCACGACAACCCUCUCUUGCAAUCCGAGAAGUCAAGACAGAUCUUCGCGAAUCUUUGGUUGGGAGGGAGUGCCGCUUGCGAUAUCAUCAUCGCAGCGUCCUUGAUCUACCUGUUAUGGGCAGCCCGUCAAGGUUCUCGCGACGCAGGCGUUGUAUCACAACGGAGCGACGCCGUUCUUACGCGGUUAAUCAACAUGACAGCCGAGACGGGCGCGAUCACGGCGCUAUUUCAGACGCUGGACUUGAUUUUAUUCUUGGCGUUCCCGACGUUGAAUUACCAUGAGGCAACGGCCUACAUUUUGAGCAAGCUUUACUACAACUCCCUCCUCGCCUCCCUCAAUUCGCGAGCCGCCACCUUCCGCCCCGGCGGAUUCCCAGACACGACCUACGCAUCCCACUCCACAGGGACCGCCUUCGUAACAUCGUCCAAUCCUGGAGCAACUUCGACAGGGUUCAGCACCGCUGAUGUUUCGGUCCGGUCGCCGCGCAAGAAGUUUGGGUCGCGUGGAGGAAGUAUGAGUGGGUUCAGUAGCAGCGAUGGCGGCUAUAGUAGGGGUGGAGGUGGACUUGUGGGCAGUCCGGGGGAUGCACAGUUCAUUACGGUGACGAGGUUUACGGAGGAUGAUAGUGAGAGGUAUACGCCGACGGAUACGAAACGGACGGUGUUGGCGGAGGAAGAUUUGGAAGCAAAUACGAUUCCGAUGGACGAGUUCAGAACAGCGAAGAACCAUGAUCAUGACCUCCGGUCAUUCAACAUCCAGGACGACUAA